AUGGCUGCAUCACGAGUAGCUUUGAUUUCCAAAAAAAUCAUUAAGCCAUCAUCUCCAACCCCAUUGUCCCAUAGAAUUAAAAAGCAUUCCAUAUUUGAUCAACUUAAUCCAUGUUCUUACAUAUCAAUUGGCAUGUUCUUCCCAAAGCAAUACAAUCCUACUCUCCCAGUUGAUCCAACUCAUAUAUCUACAAUUCUUGAGAAUUCUCUCUCAAGAGCUCUUACUUCAUACUAUCCAUUGGCUGGAACAAUUAGAGACGACGGUCUCCAUGUCGAAUGCAAUGACGUGGGGGCCAAGUUUCUUGAAUCGAAAAUAGAUUGUCCAAUGUCAGAAAUUUUUAAUCGAAACAGUACUAAGGCCGAAGAGUUAAUAUUCCCAACAGACUUACCUUGGACCCCGUCCAAGGAAAAUUUAGUCGUGGCUCAACUUAACCAUUUCAAUUGCGGAGGAAUAGCAAUCAGUGUGUGUGUCUCACACAAAAUUGUUGAUGGUUCAAGCAUGACAAAUUUUAUUAAUCAUUGGUCAACUAUGGCACGUAAUCCAAGUGCCCCGAUACCAUCUUUCCAAUUCGAUGGAGGAUCCCAUUUUCCACCCGUAAGUAGCCCAAUAGCUGAGACAAUACUUAAAAGUAAAACAAGAGGAAACCAUCCUUGCAUAUCGAAUAAAUACUUCUUCUCGCGGUCUAAAAUAAAUUCCCUCAAGGCUAUGAUUGCAGCUGAAUCAGGAACAAAAAGUAGUAGUAUUGAUCCUACGUCUGUUGAAGCUGCAAGUGCAUUUGUAUACAAGUGCAUAGCUUCCAAUUCAACUAGGCCAUCCAUAUUCACGCAAUCAGUCAAUUUGCGACCAAUUAUGAAAAAAUGGUUGCCAGAAGAGUUCCAAGGUAAUGCUAGUUUCCUAUUUAUGGCACCAGAGAUUGCAGAUCCUGCAGAUAUCAAAUUGCAUAGAUUGAUUAGUGAAUUGAGAAAGGAAAAAAAAAUGUAUUGGGAAACUACAAAUUUAAUGUCAACAAUGUUAGAGAAAGUUAAGUCGCUUCAAACUCAACUUGAAAGGGAUCACGACGAUGAAGUUGAUGUGUACAAGUGUACAAGCAUAUGUAAAUUCAAUCUUCGUGACAUCGACUAUGGAUGGGGUAGUCCUAUAAGAAUGUGUUUAGGAAGUGUACCAAUUAAUAAGAGAAUAUUAUUGAUGGACAGCCAAAAUGGGGAUGGAAUUGAAGUACUGGUGAGUUUGAAACAAGAAAACAUGUCUGCAUUGGAAACUAAUUCAAACUUACUAGAAUUUGCUUCUCCAAGUUUAGGUCUUUAA